CUGGUUCUGUCUGGCUCCUCUAACCCCCCUUUCCCACCUCCCCCCCCCUCAGUGCUGAAGGCCGUGGGCUCGGUGUCGGCCGUGGCCUUCUGCGUGACCACCUACCACCGCUCGCUGCGCUCCUUCCUGCCGUCCUCGGCGCCUCCGCAGCUGUGCGGCUCGUUGCUCUACUUCCUGUGGAACCUGCUGCUGCUGGCGCCCCGCCUCCUGGCGUUGGCCCUCUUCGCCUCCAUGUUUCCCUGCUUCAUCUUCACGCACUUCCUGUGCUCCUGGCUGCUGCUCCUCUUCUGUGCCUGGCGCUCCAACACCGACUUCAUGGAUGGGGACGCCGUUGGCGAGUGGCUGUUCCGCGGCACGGUGGCGCUCAUCUGGUACUUCAGCUGGUUCUGCGUGGCGCCGGGCGCCACACGCCAACGCGCCACGCUUUACCAUGGUUACGCGCUGCUGGACGUCUGCCUGCUGUGCGCCCUGUGGAGCUGGAAGGCGCCCGUCCCGCCGCCGCACGCCGCCGCCACCUCCGUCGCCGUGGUCGCCGUUUACGUCCUCGGCCUCGUCCUGAAGGUGGUCUACUACAGGUUCUUCCACCCGAACCUGCGCAAGGAAGAGCUGAGGGGCGUCGGCGCCCAGACGCUGCGAGAGAGCGACGAGCCGGAUGGCGCCCUGCGGAGCACGCUCAGUGGCGAGAUGGAUGGCGAGCUGCAGUUUAGGUCGAUGGCCGCCGUCCCGGAGCACGACAGGGCCCCCCCGACCAACCACAGGAUGAAGAAGCUGGCCGAGAACUUCUACUUAUGA